AAAAUGCCAAGUUUACAGUUAUGUUGCUUGUCAGGGGCUUCUUAGUAAAUAUAGAGCCACACUCCCUCUCAUCUCAUCUCCCCUGAAAAACCAUCACCAACUCCACUUUAUCCGGUAGAUUUCACUUUCAAACAUUGCCAACCCAUUUUUCAAAUAUUUUCUAUUUUCCCCUCAGAUAAUGCACAUGCAUAGUUUUUUCUGCAUUGCUAAAUCUAAACACCUUUGACUUCCUAAUUAUUUUUCUUUUCCAAUCUGAACUUCACAUCCAUCACUGGAAAAAACAAAGUUCAUAAGAUGGAUAGGCAGAGAAGUUUCUCAGUUAAAUCAACUAAAUUUCUGGUAUUUUCUUUCACACUCUCGUCUUCUAUAAUCUUUCUUGUAAUUUUUACCAUCUGGGUUUUCAAAUCCAGCCCUUCUGUAUUCGAAGAUGCAAGAUUUGAGCUCAAUGGAACCUCAUUUGUUCUGGGUUUAAAACCCAUUUCUGUACAGUCUUUUACCACAAAUUUCUCAUCAAAUAGCUUGAAAGAUUCAAAUUUAACACAUACCCAUUUUUCAAAACCUGAAAAUACAUCCGGGUUUGCAAGUAUUUCAAUUUCAAGAAACAAAGUUGAAUCUGAAAUUCUCAAGGCUGAAGGGGACAAAAAUGGCGGAAUUGGAAAUUUUACUGCAGUACAGGGGAGUGUAAUAGUACCAGAAGAGAAGAAAAUAAAUGCAAAUUCAACAAGAAAGAUUGAAGUUUCAGUUGCAAAUAUUAAAGCUAAAAAUGGAGGCAAGAUUAAAGAGAAGCGAAUCAUAGACUGUGAUUUUACAAAAGGUAAGUGGGUUUAUGAUGAAGGCUACCCUUUAUAUACAAAUAAAUCAUGUCCCUUUAUAGAUGAAGGAUUUGAUUGUGUUGGUAAUGGAAGAUUGGAUAAAGAUUAUAUGAAGUGGAGAUGGCAACCUCAAGAUUGUGACAUCCCAAGGUUUAAUGGAAGCAAAAUGCUGGAAUUGAUGAGAGGGAAAAGACUGGUUUUUGUUGGGGAUUCGAUUAAUAGGAAUCAAUGGGAGUCGAUGCUGUGUAUGUUAUUUGGAGCUGUUAGAGAUCCUAAGAAGGUUUAUGAAACUCAUGGUAGAAAAAUUACAAAGGAGAAAGGGAAUUAUAGCUUCAAAUUUGUGGAUUAUAAGUGCACGGUUGAGUACUAUGUGUCACAUUACUUGGUGCAUGAGGGUAAAGCAAGAGUAGGGCAGAAGCGGGUGCAGACGUUGCGGAUUGAUGCCAUCGAUCGUGGAUCUUCGAGAUGGAAAGGAGCUGAUUUUCUGAUUUUCAAUUCUGCACAUUGGUGGUCUCACUCUAAAACAAAAUCUGGGAUUAACUAUUACCAGGAAGGAAAUUUAGUUCAUCCUAAGCUUGACGUUUCCACAGCUUUCCGACGAGCUUUAACGACUUGGGCAUCAUGGGUUGAUCGACACGUUAAUCCGAGAAAGACCCAAGUUUUCUUUAGAAGUUCAUCGCCUUCUCAUUUUAGGGGCGGACAAUGGAAUUCAGGAGGGCAUUGUAGGGAAGCUACACAACCCUUGAAUGAAACUUAUUAUGGUGUGGCAAUUCCUGAGAAAAACACAAUCAUGGAAGAUGUUAUCAAGCGUAUGAAAACUCCUGUUAGAUUCUUCAAUGUUACUAGUUUGUCGGAAUUUCGGAUUGAUGGCCAUCCAUCUAUAUAUGGAAAAACAUCUAUAAAACGGUACACUUCAAGCGGUCAAGAUUGCAGCCAUUGGUGUCUUCCUGGAGUCCCUGACACAUGGAAUGAGUUAUUGUAUUCUUACUUACAAAAUCGACAGAGAGACAGUAUUCAAUAAACUUGUCUCUGCUUCUUCACUUUGUACAGUCUUUCAAUCUUUCCACUUCUCAAUUUUGUAGUUCCAUCUUCCAAUCUUAUUUAUAAUGGAAGUAUCAAAAUUCAGAAACCACAUAAUUUCUCUGCUAA